UAUACCCACCUAUUUAGUUUUCCUCUUUACAUUUUUAAGGACAUAAGAUUUUGAAUUUUUGAUGAUUCGAUUUUAUCCAUAAUGCUAGAAAACCCCGUUAACUAAGUUCCGUUUAUGCCCUUUAUUCUUUCAUUUGCUUUCCCCCACACCGCAAAAGCACAUGACCCGAACUUUCUUGGAGGGGUUUCAAUUCAAAAUUCCUUCUUUCUAUUCGUUUGGAUGAAAUUUUUGAUUUGACGUGAAAUGGGUUUUCAUAGAUUUUAAUGGAAACUGAAAACCUAUGAACAGAUUUUGUCUUUGUUCUGAAGUGAUCUGGUUUCGGUGGUAUUAAAGAGCUAAUCUGAUGGGGAAUUUUCUUGCUGGGUUUGUCUUGCCUCUGCUGCUUCUAACGGCUGCAUUGAUCAAUUGGAGUUUGAUAUCUCUUGUUGAUUUGAUAGCUUUCCUUCUCAUUCAACAUACUGUGCCAACAAUAGGAUUUCGUUUCCGGAGGAAAUAUUUGUUACUCUGGCCCAUUAUCAUCUUUUCCAUACUUUUUUUUCUUUCACAAGCUGUGUAUCUUGUUAUAUGGGCCAUUGAAGGUUAUAAACAGAGUGCAGGCGAGGCUUGGUGGAUGAAGCUAAUUGGUUUUAUGAUAAUCCAGUCUUGGAAAUCUCCUAUUUUGAUUUAUUUCUUGGUCGUACAACUACUAGUGGUUUUCGUUGCUUUGCUUGAUAUACAUGGGAACAGGUUUGGUCUUGUUCCAUGGCGAUAUUCUUGUUGGGGUCAUUUCUUAACAGCUCUUGAACGUUUAGGUUCCCAUCUUAGAGUUGCUUCCUGUUUGCUUCUACCUGCUAUUCAGCUGGUUGUGGGAAUUAGCCAUCCCUCAUGGGUUUCUCUGCCAUUUUUUAUUGGUAGCUGUGUUGGGCUAGUGGAUUGGUCUUUGACAAGCAAUUUUCUAGGAUUAUUCAGGUUGUGGAAGGCUCUCCAGCUUUAUGCAGGCUUCAACAUUGUCUUGCUUUAUGUAUAUCAGCUCCCUAUAGAGUUCUCAAAUAUGUUACAGAGGAUAGCUGAUUUUGUUGGUCUAUUCAAAAUAUCUUCAACAUCUGAGUGGCCUGAGAUUUGCUCCGCUGUUUCUCUCAUGCUUUUUUACAUCAUGCUAUCCUAUGUCAAAUGUGAUUUGGAGGAAAUGGAUUUCAUCAUGUCCAUGCAAGAAAGUAACUUGACAGAGCAACUACUUCCCUCAAAGCAUUCAUUCUUCAUUCGUGAAUCAAGAUCUGGUGUAAGGCACACCAAUGUUUUACUGCGAGGGGCAGCUUUCCGGACUUUCACCAUCAAUUUUUUCACUUAUGGUUUUCCAGUAUCCUUGUUUGCUCUUUCCUUUUGGAGUUUUCAUUUUGCAAGUAUAUGUGCUUUUGGGCUACUUGCAUAUGUUGGCUACGUUGUGUAUGCCUUUCCUUCCCUGUUCUGUUUGCACCGGUUAAAUGGGCUCCUCCUUGUUUUCAUUCUCUUGUGGGCUGUUAGCACCUAUAUAUUCAAUGUGGCAUUUGCAUUCUUGAAUAGGAAUUUUGGGAAGGAUAUGGAAAUCUGGGAGAUGGUUGGAUUUUGGCAUUAUCCCAUACCUGGAUUUUUUUUGCUUGCACAAUUUUGUCUCGGAAUUUUGGUUGCUUUGGGUAAUCUUGUAAAUAAUUCUGUUUUCCUCUACUUAUCUGAUGAGGAUGCACCAUCAUCAAACAACAAGUCUGCUGUGGAAGUGGAUGGAGAGACCAAGGUGUUCAUUGUGGCUACAAUUGCAUGGGGACUGCGCAAAUGUUCUCGAGCUAUCAUGCUUGCACUGAUAUUUAUCAUAGCAAUGAAACCUGGAUUCAUCCAUGCUGUAUAUAUGGUUUUCUUUUUGAUCUAUCUUUUGGGCCACAACAUCAGCAGAAAGAUACGCCAGUCUCUGAUUCUUCUUUGUGAAGCUCACUUUGCAUCGUUGUACCUUCUUCAAAUUGAUGUGAUCUCUAAUGCUUUGGAGCAAAAAGGCUCUUUAAUUUUGGAAAUCAUAUCACAGUUAGGUCUUCUUAAACAUCACAGCUCUUGGAACUUUCUAGAAAUAGCUUUGCUUGCUUGCUUCUGUUCAAUUCAUAACCAUGGGUUUGAGAUGCUAUUUUCAUUCUCAGCAAUUGUGCAGCACACCCCUAGCCCUCCUGUUGGUUUUAGUAUCUUGAGAGCUGGUCUGAACAAAUCUGUCCUCUUGUCAGUAUAUGCAUCUCGAAACACAUCCUACAGCCAUGAUAAUCCUUCUUAUGAGAGAAGGAUAGCGUCAUUCCUUAGUGAAAUUGGGCAGAAGUUUUUGUUGAUAUAUAGAUCAUGUGGAACCUACAUUGCUUUGCUGACCAUUCUUCUUACAGUAUACAUGGUGACACCCAACUAUAUAUCAUUCGGAUACAUCUUCCUUCUCCUUGUUUGGAUUAUUGGAAGACAACUUGUUGAGAGAACAAAAAGGCGCCUAUGGUUUCCACUAAAAACAUAUGCAAUCAUGGUAUUCAUUUUUGUCUAUAGCCUAAGCAGUUUUACUAGCUUUAAGAUUUGGUUGUCUGGGUUUAUAGAUCUGCAUUUUUAUUUGGGAUAUGAGCCUGAAGCUUCAUUGUUGGAUAAUAUUUGGCAAUCUCUAGCAGUUCUAAUUGUGAUGCAACUUUAUAGCUAUGAAAGGAGGCAGAGCAAGUACAACAGGACUGAUUAUCCCAAUCCUUUAGACUCUGGGGUACUUGGCUUUACCAAGCGGGUUCUGAUUUGGCACAGCCAGAAGGUCCUGUUUGUCUCUUUAUUCUAUGCGUCUUUGUCUCCAAUUUGUGCUUUUGGAUUCUUGUAUCUACUUGGCCUUGUCCUAUGUUCAACUUUACCCAAAGCUUCUCGGAUCCCAUCCAAAUCAUUCUUAGUUUAUACAGGAUUUCUGGUGACAACAGAGUAUCUUUUUCAGAUGUGGGGUAAACAAGCUGGAAUGUUUCCAGGGCAAAAGCAUUCUGAUUUGUCACUCUUUUUGGGUUUCCGUUCAUAUGAGCUGGGAUUUUGGGGUAUAGAAUCGGGCUUGAGGGGAAAGGUGCUGGUAAUUGCUGCAUGCACCCUUCAGUACAACGUCUUCCGUUGGUUGGAUAAUAUGCCAAGCGUUUUUUCAAACAAAGGCAAGUGGGAAGAGCCUUGUCCUUUAUUUUUGUCAGCAGAGGAUACCUUCACCGAUGGCUUCAUGUCUAAUAGGGAAGAUAAGCCAUCUUCUAGUGUUGGGGCAGUACCUAUAAGACAAGAAAGAGCAGCAAACAAUUCAUGGUCAUCUUUGAGCCCCGCUUUUUCUCAAGCACCUCAUCCUGUGUCUUCCAAAGCAGGAGACUCUGAGGUUAGAAGUGAGAGAAAAUUUUCGUUUGGAUAUUUCUGGGGAAGCGCCAAGGAGAGUCAUAAGUGGAACAAGAAGCGGAUCCUGGCAUUAAGGAAAGAGAGAUUUGAAACACAGAAGGCUGUCUUAAAAAUAUAUUUGAAAUUCUGGAUAGAGAACAUGUUUAACCUUUAUGGCCUUGAGAUUAACAUGAUUGCUUUGCUUCUCGCAAGUUUUGCUUUGUUGAAUGCCAUCUCUAUGCUGUAUAUUGCAUUACUUGCUGUCUGCGUUCUUUUGAGUCGGCAGAUUAUACGUAAAUUGUGGCCAGUGCUUGUCUUCUUGUUUGCUUCCAUUCUCAUCCUUGAGUAUUUUGCCAUCUGGAAGACAAUGUUUCCUCUGAAUCAACAUAAACCAAGUCAGACUGAAAUACUUUGCCAUGACUGCUGGAGAAGCUCAACUUCAUAUUUUCAGUAUUGCAGGAGCUGUUGGCUGGGACUAAUCAUUGAUGAUCCUCGAAUGCUUAUCAGCUAUUUUUUCGUCUUUCUGCUGGCUUGUUUCAAACUCCGUGCAGAUCACUUGUCUGAUUUCUCAGGGUCAUCAACAUAUCGGCAAAUGAUGUCUCAACGUAAAAAUUCAUUUGUUUGGCGAGAUCUCUCUUUUGAAACCAAAAGCAUGUGGACCUUUCUUGACUACAUAAGGCUUUAUUGUUAUUGCCAUCUAUUAGACCUUGUCCUUGUAUUGAUUUUGAUAACUGGAACUCUUGAGUAUGAUAUUCUGCACCUUGGUUAUCUUGCUUUUGCUCUUGUUUUCUUCCGGAUGAGGCUUGAAAUUCUCAAGAAGAAGAAUAAAAUAUUCAAGUUCUUGCGUAUCUACAACUUUGUGGUCAUUGUUCUUUCUCUUGCAUAUCAAUCUCCUUUUGUAGGGGAGUUUAGUUCUGGGAAGUGCAAGACUGUGAACUACAUAUAUGAAGUCAUUGGAUUUUACAAGUAUGACUAUGGGUUUCGAAUUACUGCCAGAUCUGCACUUGUUGAGAUUAUCAUAUUUAUGUUGGUAUCCCUUCAGUCAUAUAUGUUUUCCUCCCCAGAGUCUGAUUACGUGUCACGAUAUCUCGAAGCAGAGCAAAUUGGUGCCAUUGUACGCGAGCAGGAAAAAAAAGCUGCAUGGAAAACUGCACAGUUACAACAGAUUCGUGAAUCUGAGGAGAAGAAACAUCAACGCAACUUGCAAGUGGAGAAGAUGAAAUCCGAGAUGCUUAACUUGCAAAUACAGCUUCAUAGCAUGAACUCAGUUGCAACUCUGCCUGAUGUGUCUCCUGAUGAUGAAGGCCUACGGAGGAGGAAGAGUGCUUCUCUUGCUUCAAAUAGGCAUGUUGGACCUUCUGACAAAGAGGAAGGCACUCUUUGGAAGCAAGAGCAAAUAAUUAAAGAGGAUUCAGUAUUCCCCCUUGAAGCACAUGCGUAUAAGGCUCAUAUGAAAGGAGAAAGUCCUGAAGUAGUGGAAUCUCCAAAGAAUUCAAUGGAAUAUGCACCUUGUGAGAUCACCGAAAUUGAACAUGAUGGUGAUAGUGCAUUUUUUGAUGUAGAGAGAUGGAGGAAAAGCCAAAUAAAGGAAAAUCCUUUGAUUUCUGCAGUACACCUCCUAGGUGAUGGUGUUUCCCAGGUACAGUCUAUUGGAAAUCAGGCAGUUAAUAACCUUGUGAAUUUCUUGAACAUUGCACCAGAAGAUUCAGAAAUGAAUGAGCGCUCAUCUGUUGAGGAUGAGGCAUAUGAUGAGAUGGAGAGCCAAAAGAUGCAGAAUAUGUGUUUCAACCGUUCAUCUUCUCUGCAAUCUGAUAAAAGUUCCGAUGCUACGAGUUUGCAGCUAGGGAGGAUCUUAUGCCAUAUAUGGUCCCAAAUGCAGUCUAAUAAUGAUGUUGUGUGCUACUGUUUGUUUUUCCUUGUCUUUCUAUGGAACUUCAGUUUGCUUUCUAUGGUGUAUCUUGCAGCCCUUUUCUUGUAUGCUCUAUGUGUGAAUACCGGCCCGACUUAUAUCUUCUGGAUUAUUAUGUUGAUUUACACAGAGGUUUAUAUUUUGCUUCAGUAUCUGUAUCAAAUUGUAAUCCAGCAUUGUGGAUUGACUAUUAAUUCAGACCUACUCUAUGAAAUAGGGUUUCCUGCUCAUGAAAUCAAGUCAUCAUUUGUUGUGAGUUCGUUGCCUCUAUUUCUUGUCUACUUAUUUACCCUCUUACAGAGCUCUAUAAGUGCAAAAGAUGGAGAAUGGAUGCCCUUUACUGACUUUGACUUCCAUAGGAGGAGUUCUCUUCAUAGAAAUGAGGUUCUUGUGAACUAUAGCUGGAGUGAAAGGGUAUCGGAGUUGCUCCAAUUUGUAAUAAAUAUGGUGAAACUGUUAAUUAGAAGCUUCUGCUGGUACUGGAAAUCAUUAAUACAAGGAGCGGAAACUCCUCCUUAUUUUGUUCAAGUGUCAAUGGAUGUUCAUUUGUGGCCAGAGGAUGGGAUUCAGCCAGAAAGGGUUGAGUCUGGAAUAAACCAACUGCUCAGGCUAGUUCAUGAUGAGAGAUGUGCUGAAAAAAUUCCUAGUCAUUGCCCAUUUGCUAGUAGGGUUCAGGUUCAAAGCAUUGAAAGAAGUCAAGAAAAUGAAAACGUGGCUUUGAUUGUUUUUGAGGUGGUGUAUGCAUCUUCUUUGAAAGGAUGUAUCUCAGCUGAUUGGUACAAGUCACUAACCCCAGCAGCUGAUGUGGCAAAAGAAAUUCUCAAGGCACAGCAUGCUGGGUUUGUUGAAGAGAUAGGAUUCCCGUACCAAAUACUCUCUGUAAUAGGUGGUGGAAAAAGGGAAUUUGAUCUGUAUGCAUACAUAUUUGUUGCUGAUCUGACUGUGUUUUUCUUGGUCGCAAUUUUCUACCAAUCUGUCAUUAAGAACAACAGUGAAUUUCUUGAUGUUUAUCAACUAGAAGAUCAAUUUCCUAUAGAGUUUGUGAUUAUCUUAAUGAUCAUCUUUUUCUUGAUUGUUGUUGAUCGCAUACUGUAUCUCUGUUCAUUCGCUACAGGAAAAGUUAUUUUCUACCUUUUCAACCUCGUUCUCUUCACAUAUUCAAUUACAGAGUAUGCUUGGCAGAUGAAACCUUCUGACCAGCAAGCCGGACGGCUAGCACUCCGUGCUAUAUUUCUUGCUAAAGCAGUUUCUCUAGCACUUCAGGCUGUACAAAUCCGGCAUGGAAUUCCUCAUAAAAGUACCUUGUUUCGGCAGUUUUUGACCAGCGAGGUUUCACGAAUUAAUUACUUAGGCUAUAGACUUUAUCGGGCUCUACCAUUCCUUUAUGAAUUACGAUGUGUACUCGACUGGUCAUGCACAACAACAUCUUUGACCAUGUAUGACUGGCUCAAACUGGAAGACAUAAAUGCAAGUCUGUACCUUGUCAAAUGUGAUGCAGUGUUGAAUAGAGCUAAGCACAAACAAGGAGAGAAGCAAACAAAAAUGACCAAGUGCUGCAAUGGAAUAUGUCUUUUCUUUAUAUUAAUUUGUGUUAUCUGGGCUCCUAUGCUGAUGUACAGCAGUGGCAAUCCGACAAAUAUUGCAAACCCCAUUAAAGAUGCAAGUUUUCAAGCAGAUAUUAGUACUGGUGGUGGAAGGUUGACCUUGUAUCAGACAACUCUUUGUGAAAAGCUACAAUGGGAUAAGCUCAAUUCUGAUGUUAAUCUUGAUCCCUUUAAUUAUUUGGACGCCUACAAUGAGAAUGAUAUACAACUGAUAUGCUGCCAAGCUGAUGCGAGUAUUUCAUGGCUUGUCCCUGAUGUCGUUCAGAGAAGAUUUAUUCAGUCCCUUGACUGGGAUAUGGACAUGGGUAUCACUUCUACUUGGCUACUUUCAAGGGAACGACCAAAGGGCAAGGAAGUCGUGAAAUAUGAGAAACCUCUUGAGUCUAAGGAUCUUCCAGGACGAUCUGAUGUCCAAAAGGUUCUCAAUGGUUCUACAAACAGCUUCAGGAUAUAUAAUCUUUAUCCAAGAUACUUCCGUGUCACCGGUUCUGGUGAAGUCAGGACUUUUGAGCAAGAGAAUAUCUUCAUGGAUUCUUCUGCAGAGAGCUUUAACUCCUUUGCUGCCACAGAUUGCUUCUUACUUUGCCAAGUAACCAAAGUUCCCCACACGCUUGAAAGAUUUGAUUGGAUGUUUUGGACUUGAAAGGGAGUUUGAGAAAUGUUUGGUGAUUUGGUAAUAGGAUCCUCCCAAAGCUAAUAUUCUCGUGUGAUUGGAUUCUCUCCCUGAAUGGCAGUUUUGGGAAAGUAAGAUUGAUUUUAAAAAAAAUUAACAUUCAUGGAAUGGUAGAAUUUCUUUGUUACUGGUGAGUAACACUUGUAUCCUUUUUUAUUCGGGAAGUAUCCGAUAAAUAUGCAUUUGAUGGAUUUGGGAUCUAAUUUGCUUUGGUUUUGUUGAUUGGUAAGAACAAAUGCAGUGCAUCCAAACACUUUAAUAGACAAGAUGAUUCAAAGAUGAGGAUAGGAAUCGAGGAGGAAUUGGCAAGGGCUUUGAAAUUUCAGGACUCGAGAAGGCGUUUUGUUUAUAAGAUAUGUAGUAGUAAAAACAGCCUCACCCUAAAAAUGCUUAGGUACAUUGGUAGUCAUCAUGAGGGAUCAUGCAACUUCCAACAAAUGUCGAUUCUUUCUUUCAAUAAUGCCAUUCUACUAAGAAGUGUCAACACAUGAGCUUUGAUAAAUUAUACCAUGCUUCAUUAGAUAUGAUCCAAGAAUUGAAUUGUAGUAUUCUCUUCCAUUGUCGGUUUUCGACACUUGGAUUUUGGUUUUGAAUUGAGUUUGGAUUAUAUUGUUGAAGUUUUGGAAUAGUUGGUCCACUUUUGAUUUUUUCUUCAUAAGGAAUACCCAAGUAACACUAGUGUAAUCAUCAAUAAAUGUGACAAACCAUAUGGAGCCAAUAAUGUUAUUUACUCUAGAGGACCGAAAAUGUCAUUGUGUAUCAUUGAAAAAGGAUGUGAUGAUUUGUAAGGCUGAUGAGGAUAUGUGGUAUGAGUAUAUUUGGAUAGUUGGCAGACUUCACAUUGAAAGUUGUUAGGAUUUUGAUUGAAUAAUGAGAGAAACAACCUUUUGAAAUACAAAAAAUUUGGAUAAAUAUCAAAUAUUUUGUAGUCUUAUAUUCAAGUUGAGCUUUUUCACUUACUGUCAAUUGGUUUUAAGUUGGAUGCUUAAUAUGGUAUCAAAGCACGAUUUGAACCUUUGAAAAGUUUCAU